AUGGUGGCAGACGAAGCACAAACUUCCUCAGUCCGACAGCCCGAUUCUGAAAGGAACCAACAACUCAAAAUGGCGCCUCCGGGAACAUUUAGUUUCGUGCCAGCAGAGUGGCCGAAGUAUAUAACUAGAUUCAAAAGGUAUAUGAGCGUAUCGGGAAAUGAAGAAUUAAGUGAUAAAAGUAAAAUAGAUUUUCUGUUAUACUCGAUGGGAGAUAAGGCAGAAGACAUAAUUAUUCAAUUUGAUAAAAAUUUAACUUAUACAGAGUUACUUCAGAGUUUUGACAAAUUUUUCUUUCCCAAGAAGAAUGUAAUUUACGAAAGAUUCAAAUUUAACUCAAGGGUACAAAAGGAAGGGGAAGAUUUUGAUCAAUUUGUCACGGAUUUGCAUAAGUUAGCAGAGGGAUGCGAGUAUAACUUGUUAAAAGAAGAACUUAUACGAGAUAGAGUAGUGAUUGGCAUAAGGGAUAGAAAUAUAAGUGACAGGAUGCUCUUAAAAAUGACU